AUGGCAAUUCGGAGGAUAGAAUUAUCGUACGUUGAUCUAUGUCGACUGAUACUGUUGUUGUCCUGUCCUCAAGGUAUCGGCUCCACUACAUGUACAGAUACAGCUGACUUAGACGACUUUACAAACGUGUUGUCGAUGUGUAAUAGCGGGACGAUGACUGCUGGACGUGUUGUGGUAGACACGUGCAAUACAGGAGUGUUAGCCUAUGACAGCUGUCAGUGUGACGUUAGACAGGCCAAUGCAGGCUCUUUCGACCUUCAAAUCGAUGCUUAUCCUGGAACAGCACCGGCGCCUAUAUGUGGAAGUAUACUUAGGUUUACCAGACAAUCUACUAAUGCGAGUACUGUAUACGGAUGCCAGCAGAUUACCGGCAAUGUCAUCGAUGGUUUUACCAACAACGACAUUUUGAAAAUAACAUUAUCCAGAUCAAACUCCAGCAUCCAGUGGCAAUCUGGGCACUGUAUUUUCAUUCAGUCAGAUGUUAAUGUAACAUGCGAAAACGGAGAAGGUAUGUCAUCCUUCUCUGGCUCUGUGACGACAACGACGACAACAACUACAGCGACGACGACGCCGACGACAACAACUACAGCGACGACGACGACGACAACGACCACAGCGACGGCGUCGACAACUACCGAGGUAGCUACAAAUCGCACAGGCAGUGGUGGCGGAGGUGAUGAUAACGGCGGAGACGACAUUCUAAAUGACAUGACACCAGGACUUGAUGUUAUUGCCGGGGCGGCUGGUGGUGGUGUAUCUUUCCUCAUCAUCAUUAUCAUCAUCAUCGUCAUAGUUAUAGUUAGGAAAAAACGUUCAGUGGCGAAGGAAGCCGACGGAAAUUUGUCCGUUGAUAUCCAACCUUACGCUGUCGCAACACCGAAGUUUUAUCACAACGACGGUUUCGAAACACUACCUGAAAACUCUGACCACUUGUCGGGUGAACCGCAUGAAGCAAACACAAGCCAUAUUGUCACGAAAAGUGGAGAUUUGUAUGCGCAGGUCCAAACAAAACAUAAAUGUUCUGAGGCGGAGCAUUCAAACAGCACAACACAGGAGACGAUGAAAUCUCCCUCUGGAGAUGUGUAUGCCGUGGUUAACAAGUCUGAGAAACAGAAAAACAUUGUAAAAGAUGAAUUACAAACAAACGAGGUUGACCAACCCUCUCGGUGUAAAAACCAGGACGGACUUGUGUACGCGGAGUUAGAGACUUCACGUCCACAGUCACGCCCCCCUGUCAGACCCAAACCAACACCAGAGGCGGACACAGUCAUAUACUCUGAAGUACACACUGGUGUAUAA